AUGAACAGCACUCUUUAUCCUCAUAGGGGCUUUAUGCUCGACACGGGUCGAAAGUUUUUCCCCGUCAAAGCCAUUCUCAGUUUGUUAGCCGUCCUCCAUCAGUACAACUUCAAUGUCUUCCAUUGGCAUAUCUAUGAUGCAGAAAGCUUCCCCAUGCUCUGGCCCGCCGACGGGGGGUUAACAAAUGCGAGUAUAAAAUACAGUGGCUCCUCGCAAUUCUAUAGUCCUGAGGACAUUCACAAGGUGGUCACCCAAGCACAAAGCUUGGGCAUCCUUGUUUAUCCUGAGACAGAUAUGCCUGGUCACAGCGACAUUUGGGGAAAAUGGAAAAAGAAUCUAGUAGUUGGCAAAGUAGACCUAAAAAACCCGGAUGCUCAACUGGACAUUAGACCGCAACGACAAGAAACCUACAACCUGGUAGCUGAUCUCGUUUCCACCACUGACAAAUACUUCGGGUCUCCCCUCCAUCACUUUGGUGCCGACGAAGUCGCGUAUAUGUGGAACACUCAAGACGACAACAAAUUGUUCAACAACUUUCUCAAUUGGCUCCAAACUCUGUGCCCGACCAAGUCAAUCAUCCUAUGGGAUGACCCUCUCACCGAUGAGGAAAAACGUAUAAAGCUCUCCAAGGACUGGAUUAUCCAAACCUGGCACAACGGUGUUACCAAAGGAGUGCUCAAGAAGGGACAUCGGGUGAUUAUUUCGGAAUCCAACACCUUCUACAUCGGUAACGCAGAUAGCGACAAGAUUUCCUCUUUCGCUUUUCCAGAUAACCCCAACGUCUUGGGGUAUGAGGUUGUCUGGUUCACUUCUGAAGAUGAUGACCCAUACGACUUUCGCAAAAGCUGGGUCAUGGAGCCAAUCAAGGCUGCAGCAAAGAUUCGCCGACGCAAGAAGAAUUGA